CUUGUUAUGUAAUUAAUGUCAAAUGCCAGUUUUCUUUCUCUUUGGAUUUGUCCCGGCCGUCACCAUCUCCCUAGCUGUCCAAUCACUGCCAUUAGAUGAUGAUUUCUCUUGUAACCCAAACCAGUGGAAGAGAUAAGAAUGGGAACUGAAUCUGAUGUCCAACCAAGAAGCUACUGGAGAUUCAGCAAGCAAGACUUCUUCCCUGAGAAGUCUUUCGAGAAUUGGAGCUCCUACAUCUCUGCCCUAUCGGAGACCAGGCUGCGGUUCAAGGACCGCCUUCUCAACCGCUCCGAUGAAACAACAGAGCUCGUUUAUCUCCGCAAACAGAGCGAGAACAGCAUGAAACGACAACUCAACUGGUGGGACCUCAUCUGGUUCGGAUUUGGCUCCGUCAUUGGCACUGGAAUCUUCGUCCUCACUGGCCAAGAGGCUCAUGAUCAUGCAGGGCCGGCCAUAAUCUUGUCCUACGUGGCUUCCGGCAUCUCAGCCAUGCUCUCCGUCUUCUGCUACACCGAAUUCGCAGUCGAAAUCCCUGUUGCUGGUGGAUCAUUUGCUUACCUGCGAGUGGAACUGGGCGAUCUUGCAGCCUUCAUAGCAGCAGGUAACAUACUUCUUGAAUCCAUCAUUGGAAGUGCAGCAGUCGCUAGAGGCUGGACUUCUUACUUCACUACUCUCCUCGACCGCCAUUCCAACUCGUUGCGCAUACACACCGACCUCAAAGACGGUUUCAACUUACUAGACCCGCUGGCUUCUGGAGUUCUAGUUAUCGCAUCCAUGAUCGCAAUCACGAGCGCCAAGAAAACCUCCUACCUCAACUGGAUCGCAUCAGCUGUGAACACAGUGGUGAUCAUAUUUGUGAUAGUUGCAGGGUUCGCUCAUGCCAACACCUCCAACCUACAACCUUUCUUGCCUUAUGGUGCUAAAGGGAUCUUCCAGGCAGCCGCCAUCGUCUACUUCGCCUAUGGAGGAUUUGACAACAUCGCCACCAUGGCCGAGGAAACCAGAAAUCCGCGCAGAGACAUACCCAUAGGACUUCUGGGAUCCAUGUCGAUGAUCACUGUAAUCUACUGCUUGAUGGCACUUUCUUUGUCUAUGAUGCAGAAGUACUCCGACUUAGACACCAAUGCAGCUUACUCUGUAGCUUUCCAGAACGUGGGGAUGAAAUGGGCCAAGUACCUCGUUGCCCUCGGCGCCCUCAAGGGCAUGACCACCGUCCUCCUCGUGGGGGCUCUCGGGCAGGCGCGAUACACCACGCACAUCGCCCGGUCCCACAUGAUCCCGCCGUUCUUUGCCCUUGUCCACCCCAAAACAGGAACUCCUAUAUAUGCAACUCUCUUGAUCACCAUACCUAGUGCCAUAGUCGCCUUUUUCUCGAGCUUGGGCGUCCUAGCCAGCUUGUUGUCGGUGAGCACUCUCUUCAUAUUCAUGAUGAUGGCGGUGGCGCUUCUGGUUAGAAGGUACUACAUGAGGGGGGUGACGCCUAGAGCAAAUCUGGCUAAAUUGAUAGCCUUUUUGCUGCUCAUCGUAGCUUCUUCAAUGGGAACUUCUGCUUAUUGGGGUCUGAAACCGGGCGGUUGGAUCGGAUACGCCAUCACGAUUCCGGUCUGGUUCGCGGCCACACUGGGGAUCGCGGUGAUGCUGCCGCAGGAAAGAACGCCGAAGGUGUGGGGAGUGCCGCUGGUGCCGUGGCUGCCGUCGUUGUCGAUCGCGAUAAAUUUGUUUCUGAUGGGAUCGUUGGGUGGCGAGACGUUUGUAAGGUUCGGCAUUUGUACGGCGAUCAUGCUACUGUAUUAUGUGUUGUUUGGCGUGCAUGCAACCUACGACAUGGCGCAGCAAAUCAAGACGGAAUCGACCACUAUUGCGGAAGACGCCGAGGAAUCCAAACCUACCCCUCCUUGAAUUUUAUUUUAUCGCAACGUUUAAUACUAGGAUGAAGGAAACCAAACCAACAACAUAGCAAAACAAAGGGGGAAAAAAAAGCAAUGUGGAAUUUACUUGAUUCCUUGGCUUGAAAAAGAAAUUUGAUUAUCAUGUACUCCCUCCGUCCCAAUAAUCUUGUCCCACUUUCCUUUUUGGGUUGUCCCAAUAACCUUGUCCCAUUUCCUUUUUAGGUAAAUUUUAAACGUUAAUUAAUUUCUAAUUAACAUGAUUCUAGUUAAUCCCCCUCUAAAUCACACCUACACGACUCUCUCUCUCUCUCUCUACAACCUCCCCCUUCCCCUCUCGAAAUCCACUCCACCAUUUCUCCUCUAUAACUCCACCGGCAACACCGCUUCCUUUCCCUCUGUUCCGCCGGCGCCGCCUCCCCCCUUCCCCCUUUGUACAAGCACCACCUCCCCCUUCCCCCUCUGUAACUCCACAGGCGCCGCCCCUUCCUCCCUCUCUGUAAAUCCACCGGCACCGCCUCUCCCUUGCCCAUCUGUUCCGCCGGCACCGCCUCUCCCCUCCCCCCUUCUCCCACCUCCAGCCUCCGUCAUAUCGCUUCCACCCCUCGUGCCACCGUCUUCGUGUUGUCUUCUCUGCUUUUUUUUCAAAAAUUAGGGCUCGCCGGACUCGUUGCAGUGACAGCGGAGAGCGCCCUCCGCCUCUUGCCUCUCUUCCCACGCCGGCUCUCGCCGUCGGUCGCCUCUGCUCAAUUUGAGAAAAUACUUUGUCGGCACGAAAAAACACAACUCUCUUCUCCAUUUUUCAAUACGUGAAAAAGGUGUUUUUUUUUUUUGCUUCUGAAUUAUCGAAGUGUUGGAUGACGGAGGAAGCAGCAGGUCGCCGGAAAGGGGAUUAGGGCAGUCGGUAAUUUCAAUUGGGUUUUGUUUGGCAGAGAGAGAGGAAGAGCUGUUUGAGAAAGGGGUUGUUUUGUUGGUUUUAGAUGAGAGGGAACACAAAGAGUGGUGGAAGAAGUGAUGGGGCGGCGGAGGAGAGUGGUGGCGAUGGCUGAGCAGAAGCUAUAGGCUGUAGCACUGUCUCGCCGGAGAAGAGGAUUUGCAGAUGCAUAGCUGGUUACAUUUUACCCUAAUUAAGCUAUACUCAAUUUCCAUCUUAAACAUGUGGGGCCUUCUAGUUUAUACUCACUAAUUCCACACUCCUUAAUCUCCGUGCCCAAAAGAAAGGGGACAACAUUAUUAGGACGGAGGGAGUAGAAUUUUGACGGGCUUGUAAUUUAUGAAUACAAAUUAUAGAAAUAAGUUUGUAGAUUAGUUGAGGUCAGCUUUUUGAAAUCGUUAAUCAUAGUGAAGGGUAACGAUGAAUCACAAUGUGGAGACUAAUACGAUUUAGCGAAUCAAAUACAAAUAAAAAGCAAUUUUUAUUUUGUUUUA